UGCUCCGUUAAAUGUCAAAGCGCGCGUCUCUAAGCUAGCUAGCUACAUCGGCAGAGCUAUCAUCUCCUCCGCGCCUCUCCUCUGCAGGCCACAUCUUGUCAAGGCCUCCGAUCCCGAUGGGCGCCGGCGACGACACCGCGGCCGGCAACGGAAACAAGGCCGCCUUGGAGUUGGAGGUGUCGUCGUCCUCUCCGGCGCCGGCGCCGCAGCCGUCGGUGCUCAGGUCCGUGCUGCUGUCGUACGCGUACGUGGGCAUCUGGAUCAGCCUGAGCUUCUCGGUGAUCGUGUACAACAAGUACAUCCUGGACCCCAAGAUGUACGGCUGGUCCUUCCCCAUCUCCCUCACCAUGAUCCACAUGGCCUUCUGCGCCUCCCUCGCCGCCGCGCUCGUCCGCGUCCUCCGCGUCGUCGACGUCCCCACCUCGCCGCCCAUGACGUCGCAGCUCUACGCCGCCUCCGUCGUCCCCAUCGGCGCGCUCUACGCGCUCUCGCUCUGGUUCUCCAACUCCGCAUACAUCUACCUCUCCGUCUCCUUCAUCCAGAUGCUCAAGGCGCUCAUGCCCGUCGCCGUCUACUCCCUCGCCGUUGCCUUCCGCACCGACUCAUUCCGCCGCGCGUCCAUGCUCAACAUGCUCGGCAUCUCGGCGGGGGUCGCCGUCGCGGCCUACGGCGAGGCACGGUUCAAUGUGUUCGGCGUCACGCUCCAGCUCGCCGCCGUCGCCGCCGAGGCCACCCGCCUAGUGCUCAUCCAGAUCCUGCUCACCUCCAAGGGCUUGUCCCUCAACCCGAUCACCUCGCUCUACUACAUCGCGCCGUGCUGCCUCGCGUUCCUGACCGUGCCGUGGUACGUCGUCGAGCUGCCGAGGCUGCGCGCCGCGGCGGCGUCGGCGGUGGGGUUGGCGCGGCCAGACGUGUUCGUGUUCGGGACGAACUCGCUGUGCGCGUUCGCGCUGAACCUGGCGGUGUUCCUGCUGGUGGGGAAGACGUCGGCGCUGACGAUGAACGUGGCCGGGGUGGUGAAGGACUGGAUGCUCAUCGCCUUCUCGUGGACGGUGAUCAAGGACACCGUCACGCCCGUCAACCUCGUCGGCUACGGCAUUGCGUUCCUUGGCGUCGCCUACUACAACCAUGCCAAGCUGCAGGGGCUCAAGGCCAAGGAGGCUCAGAGGAAGUCGGGAUCAACAGUGGUGCCCAAGGAGGAGGAUGCGGAGGCUGGCGCGCGGCUGUUGCCGGAGAAGGACGGCGGCGGUGGUGACCACAAAAAUUGAAGACGCAUUCCAUGAGCCAGAAGGUGGAAGAGCUAGUUGUACCACUACUUCAUUUUUUCAGCCAUAGGGUGUCUGAAACUGUGAGUUCAUUCAAGAUCAGAUUUAAGUUGUUUAUGUUUUGCGAUUCUACGAUUUCAGGAAAUGCAAAUGAAACGUGAUCUUUGUUAACAAUAAGUGAUAAGUGAUUCGAAAGGAUGUUUUGGUGAAUGCUAGCUACUUGCUAAGUAAGAUGUUACUUCUGAA